AUGAUCUUCCGCUCCGAGUACUGGUCGCGUCAGAAGGCCAACCCCCAGGAGCGCGACCACCGCAACGUUAGUCGCAACGCGGGCGAGCUCUGGAACAACCUCACCGAGGCCGAGCGCGACAAGUACCGCCGCAUCGCGAAGAUGAAGAAGCAGAUGCACGCGCGCAUGUACCCCGACUACAAGUACACGCCCGUGUUCCGCAAGGACAAGGCGGAGGGUUCGUCGUCGGACGGCAAGCGGCGCACCAAGCGCGGCAAGCGUGACGAGGAGGCCGAGCAGAAGGAGCGCGAGGAACGCGAACGCCAGGAGCGCGAGCAGCAGGAGUACCGCGAGUACCGCACGCAGCGCCUGGCCGCUAUGAAGCGCGCGAGGGAGCUACGUGACGAUCCCAACGCGGAUCCCAAGGACAAGGAGUACCCAAAAGGCAACUUCGCCAGCUACCUGAAGCAGCUACAG